AUGAGCCGGCCAUAUGAUUUGAUUGUGCAUGGCGCCACCGGCUACCUGGGCUCUCUGGUGGUGCAGUACCUAUGGGCCAACAGUCCACCGACCCUCCGAUGGGCUGUCGCCGGCCGCAGCGAGAAGAAGCUGGUGGCGCUUGCCAACUCCCUAGACCAAUCCCUACACCGUCGGAGUAAGUCCUUCAGCUCCCGCACUGAGUCAAAGCUGAGAGCAGCCUGUAUCGAGAACUCCACUGCCUAUGUGGAUUCCACAGGUGAACAUGUCUGGACGCAGCAGCUGGCAGCGCAGUGGCACGACAAGGCCAUAGCCAACAAGGCAAUUAUCAUCCCCCAAUGCGCCGUGGAGUCCAGUCCCCCAGACCUAAUGACGCUGCUUCUCGCGCGCAGGUUGCACCGUCCUUUGGGUCCCGUCUUCUUCACAAUCCAACAUACCUGGACUGGUUACAGCGGGGGUACCAUCGCAAGCAUCCUCGCGGGUAUCGAGACGUACUCAAUUGGGCAGAUGAUGGCUGCCAGCGCACCUCACGCAACCUGCAUCCCCGACGCCGGACCGCAUAACCUUCAUCCCCCGCUGUUCCUCCCAGUCCGACGGGAUCGCGUCCUUGGUAUUCUCACCUUCAACCCCUCCGCAAUGGCUGAUCAGGCUGUGGUUAUGCGCACCUGGUCCCUUCUACAGCGAUACGGGCGGCGAAGCGAGCGAUACGGUGAGCGAUUCAGCUUCCAGGGGUAUACCGCGGCGCCGAGCUGGCUGCAGGCGUGGUCCUCGUUUCUAGCCAUAUCCGUCGCGGCUUUUUGUGUCGUUGUAUUCCCACCACUCCGGUGGCUGCUCCAAUGGCUGUCCCCGCAACCGGGAACCGGACCGCGGGUGACCGGGGAGAAUCAUUUCGUGGAAUGGAAGGCCACAGUCGCAGUGGAUGGGGAGGAUGUAAGCCAGCCCAGUGCAGUGGGUGUCAUGCGCAUGGACACGGACAUGUAUAGUGUCUGUGCGACUUUGGUCAGUGAAGCUGCCUUGACGCUGUUGGAGGUUUUGGACGGAGAUGACAAUGGAUCGAUGGUCAAGGAGUUAGGUGGGGGGAUUCUCACCCCUGCAUCGUUGGGGAUGUUAUACGUGGAGCGGCUGGAAACGGCCGGUUUGCAGUGGAAGGUGACGGAAAUAGGAAAGGAUAAGUAG